AUGGUAAUUUCAGAGUACCAGGAGGAAAUCCAGUGUACCGGGCAACAACGCAAAUACCUUUCUCAUACGAUCACUGGAAAUCAGCAAACAUACGUUCUGCGCUGGAAUACACGUCCACUUUGCCCAAGCAUCGAUCGGCUUGUAUACACUUGGCAAGCUGUUGCUAGCCAUAAUCCUGUCCUUCGAACAUCGAUCAAAUAUUCUGGAACCGACCAAGAGCCCCGCCUCGUUGUUCUCAGGAGGGCUGCUCCAAUUCGCAUAGAAGGGUUCUCCAAUCAUGGCGCAUACAAAUCCUCCUCGCUGAAGACUGCCGAACUCACUGUUAUCCUGAGCGAAACUGGUGUUUCCUUCCGUCUCCGUAUCCUCCAGGCUCACAUCGCCCAACGCGAGACCCAGAAUGCGGAAUCGUAUUGGCGCAAUUUGAUGAAUGGGUCAGUGACCUCGCUAUCCUACGGUUUCCCAACGAAUAUCUCUGGAAUGAGGAAGACAUUCAUCUCCGAUUUGCAUGAGACCUUGGUGAGAUCUAUAUACGACUUUUUGGGUGUUUAUUCUGUGUCGGCGCGAGAUUUUGUCCAUGCACUAUGGUCGCUUGUUCAGUAUCGGCAUACCGCAGCCACUGAUGGCACUACCUUUUUCGCUGUCACCGGUCGAGAUACCAGCGUUCCAGGCUAUGAUACAGUUGUUGGGCCUGCUGAAUUAUACUAUCCGUUAAAGGUAGUGAUUGAAAAUGAUUUAUCGCUACUUAGUUGGAUUCGAAAGGUUUCCAAAAUUGACCAACAGGCUUCGCAGAAUGCCUACAUAGGAUAUGACAAAAUCCAGGACCAAAUCUUACCUCUAAAAGCGCAAGUGUGUAUAACUGUAUCCGACAGCCUUGAUAUUAUUGAGGAAGGCGACUGUGAUAUUCGCUUCCCUUUAACAAUCAACGUUGAUCUUGAGCGACAUUUGGUCAAUAUGCAAUAUUAUUCUGAGACAUCAGAAGAUCACAAUUUACAGGUUAUUUUCAACCAUUUCAUCGCUUUAGUGGAAGAGGCCAUUCGAGACCCUAAGGCCAUUGUGUCGGGCAUUGACAUUGUACCAAAGGAGGAAAAGGAGUUCCUAUUACAGUGCAGCGAGCCCGUUACCUUGCCCGCCACCGGCCUCAUCCAUGAACUCUUUGAGCGUCAAGCCGAAUUGAAUCCGCAACGCGAAUGCCUAAACUUCGAAGGCCAAAUGGACUUUACUUAUGGGGAACUCAAUAAAUUAUCCAAUCAAGUUGCUCGCCAGCUUGGUUGUGGUCGGGGCGAUUACGUACCCAUUUGCAUGGACCGUUCACCUGCAUUAAUCGUCUCUAUAUUGGCCAUCCUAAAAACGGGGGCUGCCUACGUUAUUCUGGACCCUGAAAGCCCCGUCGAACGGAAUUCCUUCAUUGUCACUGACGUUCAAGCACCAUUUGUUAUAACAGAUCGGAUUUCAGCAAUCAACUUUGCAUAUCCUCUGUUGAUCGAAACCCUGAUAGCGUUGACUCCCCGCUUCGAUGGCUCAAAUAUGGGCGUCCGUCAAGAGGCAACCGACAUAUGUUAUGUGAUAUAUACCUCUGGCUCAACAGGGAAACCAAAAGGUGUUUUGUUAGAGCAUAAAUCGGCAUACACAGGCCUGAUGGCGUUCCCAAUUCUGCCAAACCUUCGCCAACUUCUUUUCCAUAAUCCUAUUUUCUCUGCCGCACAGCGUUCAAUUUUCUCCACAUUGAAGCAGGGAGGCUGCUUAUGCCUGGCCAAGAAAGAAAAUUUGACCGUUCGAAUUACUGAGAUGAUCAAUUCCAUGCGCGUUAACGUCAUAGAUGUGACGCCUUCAACGGCGACUCUUAUUGACCAAACACGUGUUCCCACUCUCCGUCGAAUGACUGUUGCGGGCGAGUUGAUCAACCCUGCCCUCCUGCCGGUCUGGAUGGACAAACUUGAACUCCUCAAUGCAUAUGGCUUAAGUGAGGUUACACAGAUAAACUGGCGCCACGUUAUGCAUCCCAAACAAAACCCCCAAAACAUUGGUCGCCCUGUCGAUUCAACACGCUCCUAUGUUCUCAUCCCGGGAACGACACAACUUGCUGCGAUACUUGAGCCGGGAGAAUUAUGUCUUGGUGGUCACCAACUUGCGAGGUCAUAUCUUAACCGUCCUGAGAAAACGCGGGAGUCUUUCAUACAAAAUCCAUUUGGUCCCGGUCGCCUUUAUCGGACAGGCGAUAUGGUUGUCACCCAUGCCGAUGGCAGUAUUGAAAUGAUUGGUCGUAUAGACUUCCAAGUAAAGAUCAACGGCCAGCGUGUCGAACCGGGAAACCAAAAAUCACUCGUCGCAGUUGUGGUGCCCAGAGGCGAAAGAGACUGGUCAACCCUUGUCCAGAGUUUGCAGAAAAUACUUCGAGACUGCGUCCCAUCAUACAUGGUUCCUGCAUAUUGGUGGAAGCGAGAUUGUCUGCCACUGAACGUCAACGGCAAGGGUGGUAACGUUGAAGAUACUAGUAAAGAUCUAUGGACUGUCGCCCUAAAGAAGCUCCUGGAAGCCGAUUCCUUUCUCAGAAGCAUCUUUACUCCUUACGGAAAAACAUAUCUUCAAACCAUUCCCAAGGAAAGCCCUUUGCCAUGGCAAGAGCUAGACAUGAAACUGGCUGAGUACCUGGAGAUAAGGCCAGUCACCGUCGCCAUGGGAGGGCCAUUUUUUAAAGUCACUGCACUUUCCACUGGGGAACUAGUUUUUACAAUGCACCAUGCUCUCUUUGAUUUUUGGUCCAGCCGCUUUAUAUUUGAUGAUUUGUCCAAUUUGAUCCGCACACGCCCUGUGGCUAAUCGCCCCAAAUACAAUAAACUUGUCCAAUACCUCUCCCAGAAGGACAAAACCUCAAGUCAACAGUACUGGCGCAGCUAUCUCAAGGAUUCCAAAACAUCAAGAUUGGGACACACACCAGGCCCAAAUACUAUCACCAAACUGAACCUGAAGACUCCAAUCCCUUCAACCAGUAAAACCAUAGGGGUAUCUACUGGUUCGAUCUUGUAUGCAUCAUGGGCACUAGUCCUAUCCCAUGUUCUUGGAAGCUCCGAAGUGAUUUUCGGUAUCACACUAUUUGGCCGAGAUGUGCCAGUUCCAGAUAUUCUGCUUAUGGAAGGGCCGGCGGUUGUGCAAGUUCCCUUACGGGUUAAGAUUUCGAACUCCUCAUCCAUUGGCAAAGUUGCGAAAGACAUCCACACCCAAAUAAAAUCGGUGGUAGAUCAUGCGCAUUACGGACUGCGAAAUAUCUUGCUUGCCGCGGAUCAGCCAGCUAGUUUAUUUGACACUUCUGUUAAUUUCUUGGUGAAGCCGCCUUCGUCCGAUGCAGACGACACCUUUAACCUUGUUUCUGAUGAACAACCUGGACUUACCGAUUAUAUCAAACUCGAGGCACAGGACUCGGACCUUACCAGCAUAUCUUUAUCGUCGACUCUAGAUCCCAAGUUCGCACAGCAAAUUCUCUCUGGGCUGGCAUCUGUUGUUGAUGCCUUUUUCUUCGAUGCAGAGACCCCUGAUAUGGUUUCUCGUUUCGGAGACAAAACCGCUUUAGAGGACGAACAUGGAAGUGCUGUGUCGUAUACGCAGUUGAAUCAACGAGCGAAUCAAUUAGCUAAUUUCCUUCGAUCCAGGGCAAUCCUCCCAGAAGAUAUCGUUCCUAUCUGCUUGGAUAAGUCAAUUGAUAUGGUAGUUGCCAUACUUGGGAUUUUCAAAACUGGUGCAGCAUUUUGCGCCUUGGACCCAACAAGCCAACCAUCACGAAACCAAUUUAUCUUGAAGAAAAUCGGAGCAAAAUUGAUUAUCACCGAUCCUGCCAGCUCUUACUCUUUGGAGUGCUUUCGUUGUGAGCAUGUGGUAUUGGAUCAACUGGAUACGUUUCAAUUCAGUUGCGAAAACGUUGUGCCGACGAUGUCUCCUGAUAGUCUUGCUUAUGUGAUUUUCACCUCUGGAAGUUCUGGUGACCCAAAAGGAGUUCUUAUCACUCACAACAAUGCUUUCAAUGCCAGCAAAGGAAUGAUCGAAGCAACGGGAGCGAAUGAUUCAUGGAGAUCGCUGUGGGCCCUCAACUAUAUUUUCGAUGGAUCCUACUUUGACCUUUUUGCAGUACUUGGCUCUGGUGGCACACUUUGUUUGGUCAGUCAAUCCAGAGUAUUUUCAAAUCUUGCUGGAUUCAUCAAUCAAUUCGAUGUUACUCACGUUAACGUGACCCCAACAAUCGUCAACAAACUCCUCAAUCCCUCAGAUGUACCUAAUUUAAAGGCCCUCGUCGUAGGUGGAGAACCCCUUGUGCCCGAGAUCUUGGAGACCUGGGCACCUCUCCUUCCUGUUUAUAAUAACUAUGGACCGACAGAGGGAACCAUCCUAGCGACAACUGCGCUUAUAGAGCCAACCAGCACCAUCAACGAUAUUGGCACGGCAUUAUCCACCUCAAUUGUGUCCAUCCUCGAGUUUGACUCAAAGUCCCCAGCACCUUUGGGAGAACUGGGUGAGCUCUGUUUGGGUGGUCCACAGGUAGCGCGCGGUUAUUUGGAUAACCCCGACGCAACUCAUGCGGCAUUUUUUUCUCAAGAUGAUGGAUCGAGAAUAUAUCGAACUGGCGAUGUUGCUCGUCAGCUCUCCGACGGCCGUUUUGAGCUGUUCGGCCGAAGGGACAACCAAGUCAAGGUCAACGGCUACCGGAUAGAACUUGGUGAAAUUGAGAGUGCCAUCCUCAGGACCGGCUUGGUGAAGACUUGUGUGGUUCUAGCAGCGAAAGUACACGGCAAGACCCAACUUGUUGCGAUCUGCCAACUGCUUUCCGAUUUCCCUGACAAUAUCGAGGAGAAUAUCACACCCUUAUUGCCGCCUUCAGAAGCACACUCCUUCCAAGAUUUGCAAACGAGGCUGGUUACUCUUCCACGUUAUAUGAUCCCGGCCGUCUGGCUUCCUGUUGCGUAUCUCCCGCUCCUUCCUUCGGGCAAGACCAACCGAAAGGAGGUAUUAAAAUUGAUCGAAUCGAUGGAAGAUUCUCUGUUGGCAAGUUACCAGGACCCUCAAUCUACCUCUGUUAACGGAGAGGCGGAUCACUCAGCUCCCGAAACGGACGAGGAACGAUUGUUAAAAACUGCUUGGGCUUCCAUAUUCGGGUGUAACCUUCAUUCUUUCGGGACAACCUCCAGUUUCUACUCUCUUGGUGGCGACUCGAUUGCGGCCAUCAACCUCGUAAGCGAGAGUCGCAAACUUGGAUACGAGCUCUCUGUUGCUGAUGUUUUAGCAUUUCCUUCCAUCAAGGAGCAAGCUCGAGUUAUCAAGCCUUUACUAGCAACAAAUGGGAGUCUUCUCUCUACCCCUCAUGUGUAUGAAGUUGGAGAUGACAUAUACGACACUUUGCAUCGGUGUGGUGUUGACCAGGAGGAUAUUGAAACGAUUUACCCCUGCGUCCCGGGUCAGGCUGAGUUUCUGACGCAAGGCCAUACCGAUCACCAAUUCUGGCAACUUCAGACAGUGAGACGUGUCCCAUCUGACUUCGAUGUCCAACGGUGGAUAGAGUUGGUGCAGAAGCUAACUGCGAAAAAUACAAUUUUACGUUCCAUGUUCAUCCAGAGUGUGAAAAAGGAUGAGCCUCCAAAAUGGGUGCAAGUGAUUCUAAAAGAGGCCGUUCUGGAUUUGGAGACAAUAUGUUACGACACCCUUGAAGAGAGGGAGCGAAUUAUCGACGCCUUGUGGGAUGGUCGUUUCCAAGUGGGAAAGCCUUUCAUUCAAUACCGAAUUUUAAGGUCAACAAUGGAUGGUACACUUGAUUUGUAUAUCAAAAUGGAUCAUGCCAUGUACGACGGCACACUGCUUCGGAUAUUUGACGAUCAGUUCAUCGCAAUGGCGAAGAACGAGGAGCCUCCAAAACCAACAGAGUUUACGGAGCUCAUAAAAUACCACUCAACGAGCAACACAGGAAAAAUGCUCCAGUUCUGGGUGAAUUUACUUGACGGAAAUAAAUUCGACUAUCCUACCCAAUCACUGGAGCCGAAGGUUGGAGGAAUGGUUUUCAGAUCCUUUGGAACAGAAGUCAAUGACUUCGCUCACGGGACCGGAAUCACCGUACCCAUCGUCUUCCAAACAGCCUGGGGUUUACUCCUGUCAUAUCUGAGUAACAGCCUCGACGUCACGUACGAUAACCUGCUAACCGGCCGCAACGUCAAUCUCGACAAUCCUCAACUGAUUAAUGGCAACUGUGCCAACUUCCUCCCCUUCCGCACUCGAUUCCAAGAUACCAAAACCCUCAGGACUCUCCUGCACGAUACCCAGGUGCUUUUCUGGGAGACUACCGAAAACGGGAUGGUUGGGCUUGCGGAUAUCUAUAAAGCGCUUGGUGUCGAUCGGAGCAGACGUUCUGCGAAGACCAUGUUCUGUUUCCAACCGUUCGACCCUCCUCCCAAAACGCUCGACGCCCAUAUGCGUUGGAUCGUGAUGGGUGUGAGCCAGAAUAGGAUGUUUUUCAACUAUGCCCUCAUGUGUGAGGUGUUUAAAUCCCCAACAGGCUACAAAACGAAAUUCCAGUAUGAUCCGAAGGUGAUUGACGAGAGUGCAGCAGAGAGAGCUGCAGAUACGUUUAUUUCUAUUUUUGAUUUCAUUUUAGGAUGUACGGAGUGUACUAGCGUUGGGAAUCUGUAUGGCAAAUUGAAAAUCGAUUUUGGCGGCGGGUCCGCUGUGCCAUCAGAAGGAACAGAACAAAUAAUGGACAAUCGGAGAUGCACGGAGGUGGAGUAA